GAUGAGAGCGGCUAAAACAACUGUGGUCGCGCCAUGGAUCCUGCUGUUAUUUCCGCACUUCAUUGUCUUGAAAAUGAUCACCAUGAACAACUGGACUUUGAGGAUGAGAAUUUUUCAAUAAACCCAUGGGAGACAGAAGUAUUUAUUCUUCUGUUUUUAAUAUUGCUUUAAAGCUACUUUCUUUAAAGAAUAAUAAAAGAGAGUAUCAUGAAAGUUCAGCUUCCUCUUCAAGUUCAGACAGUUCUGAGUCAAGUCCUUAUGAUGAAGGUGAAAUGAGAAGUAGUGACGAGUCGGAGUUCAGCAAGGACGAACAGAGUUCCGAAGAAGGGGAAGUGCAGUCUGAAAUUGAUGAGAUCGAGGGAACAGCAGAUGUAAUAGUAAAAAAGGACGAAACCCCUUGGGAACGUGGUCUGCGUUUGGCGCGUGAACGUUUAGAACGUGCAAAAGCUUUAAAGGCUAAGGAAAAAGAUCUUGUUGAAAAGCGUAUGAAUUUACCGGUACCCGCACCGGCGGUGGAUAAGAAAGUUGAAACUCCUGUAGAAGAUGAUUUUUUAUGGCCUUGUUAUUAUCAAGUAUGUAUUAUUGGGCGCACUGAACUAACUGGUCACCGAUAUCUUCCGGAGGAUAUUCUUCCUCCAAGUGCAAAAGAAACAUCAGAAUGGCGAAGAAGAGUUACGAAACAUCGUCGUAGUCGAAGUGCUAGUCGGCGUUUCUCAUCCGCAUCGUCAUCAACCUCAGUUUCAUCUUCGUCAAGAAGCUCUUCUCGUAGUUCUGUGGCGUCGUCAAAUAUUUCCUCCUUAGCUUCUGUCGCAGUAUCGUGGAAAGAAACUUGUGCUAAGGCUAUGAAGCCUUACUUAAGAUCACCUAGACGUCACGGAAAAUAUGAUAGCAGACAUUCUUCCGCUACCAAUUCUCGCUCGUCUGAUUCCGAUUCUGGGUCUGGUCGUUCUCGUUCUUCUUAUCCUACCGCAGCGAGCGGUGCAAGAUCUGGUGCUAUGAAUGAUCGUGGCCGCAGCUACUGGGGAGCUGGAAAGCAUCGAGGUAGAAAUAUAGAAUCUGGCAAUUCGUCUGCGUCAAGAUCAGGUUCUAAGUCUUCGACAGGAUCUCGUGGUCGUAAGAGCGGUGGUAAUCAAACUUGGUUCAGAGGUCCUGGAGGACGCGCGGGAGAUUCGAAGAAUAAAACUGGUCGACGAUCAAAAUCACCUGUUACCUCACCACCUCGACGACGUACGGAUGUUCCACCGCUUCCGAAUGAAAGACCAGUAAAGAGACCUUGGGUUAUAGCACCAUCCCUUGCUACUACAGCACAAAAUGUGCCGAAAAGUGAUGGACACACUAAAGAACGUUCUCAUUCAUCUUCAAAAUCACCAACUCCUGGUGAUAAGGAUACUGGAGAAAAACGAUACAUUACUUCCUGGUCUCGUAGUCCAUCUUCUGGAGGUGAGAAUGGUCGUGAUGUUCAUCGUCAUGAACGUUUACCUGAUGUAAUUCCUGGCCCACAACAUGUACGGAAUAGACGAAGUGGUGUUGCGUCACCAUUACGCAGAAAGAAAAGUCGUAGCCCAUUUGCAGAUGACGCAACUAGACCAUCUACUUUGACUAAUUGGGCUCCAAAAUCUGUCAGUUAUCCAGAAAACGCAAGAAAUGAUAUGCCCAACAGUCAAACUAGUACCAUUAAUGAUCAAAACUGUCCAGUUGUUAUGGAACAACACAUUGAACCUGAAGCAUUAUACCGUUCCAGUAAUACUGAUACUCUUUCAAACACUGUAGUAAAUUCUGCUCAGUCAGUUUCGACUGGCGGUGCUGCUGGUGAACUUCCACCAAAUCGUCCUGGUGUUCGUUUAACAUUGGCGCCAAGAAUGAAGGCUGCACCUGUAGGUAUCAGCUCACUUGCGAAUGCUGCACCUUCUCGUACAUCUACUAACCGCCUGCCACCUCAACCAUCAUCACCACCACCCCAAUCUCGACAAAUUCGACCUCCUGGUGUUCCUAUAUUGCAUCGUCAUACGUCUCCUAUUGAUACUAACCAACAUUCUACUGUUGGCACUAAUAUUAUUAACAUGCCCAUGACACAGACUCAAGUUCGUUUACAGGCAGAAGCCGCAGCGGCUGCAUUGGAAAUACGUGAGCGACGAAGAGCGGCUGCUGAAGCGGCGAACAAGAAUAGACGACCACGUCGACAUAAACGAACAGAUUUGGAAAGCAUACCUGUGCGUGGAAGACCGACUUAUAGGCGAAAAUCAUUUUCAGCCUCUUCAGAGGCAUCUGGCAGUUCUAGCUCUUCUAAUUCUUCCAGAUCGCCAUCUAGUGGCCGUUCUCGUUCUGACUCAGGUAGACCUGCUGCAGUCCGACAUAAUCCUGCAGGUCGUCAAGCACCACUCAUUAAACAUGACCAAGAGGCUGUCCGUCCAAGUGGUCGUAAACGUGUUCGUCAAGACACGCAACGUACAAGCCUAAAAGAGAUUGAUGAGAAUGCAACACGUCGACAUGUAGGACGUAGCACGUUACUAAACAGUAUUGAUCCUCGUGAACCAUUAGAAUACGUUCGAUAUACUAAGCAAUCAGAUUUUAAUGAACGUCCUACGCAUAGAACACGUGGGACAGAUCAAUUUAUUCAGAAACCUAUACAACCUAUGAAACGAUCCUAUCCCUCUGGUUAGUUUAUUUUACUAAUAUUCUAUAAACAAUUAAUUGGUAUGUGUUGAUAAGAAUGAGGUAAUUAAAUUAAAAAUACUAUGCAGUAAUUUGUAGCAAAAAAUUAACUAGCUUCAUCCUGUGUAUGGUUUUUUAAUAAGACUGGGAACUGAUAAAUUUAGCUAUCAUAAAAUAUGAGCUUUCUCAACCAACAACGCUGUUCUAUUUGUUUUGAUGCCAGGACUGCAUGAGAGAUUACAAGAGGAAUAGCAUAUUUGAUUCAGUUUGUUUUAUGUAAUGUGUUUAAUAUCAGUCAAUUUCCUAGAGCAAUAACAUCGUAGGAAUUAGCAGGAAUGUCCAUCGCACUCCGAUCUGUAUCAAAAUCAACCAGUUUAUUAAGUAAUUCACCAUUAUUGUCUUAUUAAUCUCUUAACUACGAAGUUUGCACUGUCAUGCAUACACUUCAAGGCCAACAUUCAAUAGCUCGAUAGACUUAUUCAACAGUAUGAUAUGUUCGUGUUCCACUUAUCACCAACUCACUCUUGUUGCUGGUUCAGCAUAGCGCGUCAGAGUCGUAUGGCAUACAUAACGUAUAUAUCAACCACCUCAGUAAUAUAAGACCUCGUCAAUCAAUUUGCCCUUAUUGCUACAUAUUCAACUUAACCAUUGCCCAGUUGAUCAGUUCUGUCGUAUAUGAGUAGUGAUGGUUCGAAUAUACCUAUGAUCAAGUACUUCCAAUCCACUCACGUCUCCCACUUUCAAUGGUCUUGCUUCACAGCUGUAAACCAAUACAGAUUGAACUAUUGUGUAGUUUAUUAGUCCUUUUAUUGAUAAACAAUCUAGCUUGUGGUACAACUGGUGUUUUUGAAGAGACUGGGCGAGCUGAUUUUAUCUGUUUCGAAAGUUUGUAAGUCAUGGGCCUACUGAAGGUGGAUGGAAGUAAUAGGAUAAACGGCAGAAAUUAAUAUGACCUCUGAGCGGUUCAUAUUCAUAGGGUAAUAAAGCAAGUUUCGUCCUUUAGACCCUUAUUCUAUUUAAAUCAUGAAUACUAGCAUCCUGAAGCUCAACGAUUCACCAUUUCACUCUUUUCUAUUUAAUCUUCCUGUUGUCUAGCUUUUCUUUUUUGUGGUAUUUAGAACUUUAAUUCUGUUAACUAUCCAGCCAGUCUUAAUUAUCAUAAUCAUUCAUUACCUGCUUUCUAUAAAAUAAUCCUAUAAUCUGAUAUUAUUUUUCAGGCGUCGAGGAAAUGCCAAUACGGCAACGUCCGGAACGAGAUUCACGUCUGCCUGGUGCUCACUAUCCGAAUCAGUCUGUUGACGAACUGCACAGAGUUGUCAAUCCUGAGAAUAGACGUACUGCUGUUAGUCAGUUCAAUAUGCCAACUAAGGAGAGGAUCAUUAGACCGAGAACACCUCAUGGUUUAGAAAUGAUGGAUUUCAGGAGCCGAUCACCUCAUGCAGAUGUCGACAUAUUGCCUAAAAUUAUUCGCCUUGAUCGCGAACAAUAUCGCAGAGUUAACUACGACGUACCAGAUGUCAGUAUUUGCGAAAAAUCAUCAGCUGAUUUAACAAUCGUUGACUCUACAGAUAGUUUUGGUGCUAAACGUGCUCGUAGUCGUCAUCGUAGCAGAGGACCUGGUGUAACUAUUGAUCGAUCUGAACCAUUUGAGUCAGAUACAGGAAGUUUUGCUGCAGAACAACGUCUUAGAAAACUUCGCGAGCGUUUGAACUUGGUUGAUGACGCAAUCGCAGAAAUUAAAGCCGGUACUGGGGCACAAUCCAAUUUUAAUUUUGGCGAUAUUCGAAGAUGAUAAAGACUACCAUUGUUAUUAAUCAAAUCAUCAACAUGUACAUUGUUGUCUCCAUUUUAUUUCUUUCUGCACAAAAGACAACUCGCUAUAUUUACUCCCUUCCCCGAUCUUGUCUAAGUCAAUUGUUUGUAUCGUGUUUUUCCUAUCAAUUAUAGUCAGUUUUAUCUGACAUACCACUCUC